UCUUAAACUAUCGUGGUAAAACAAAUCAUUCCCUUCUUCUCUUCACCCCAUCUUCCUUCAUUUAUUGCACAAUCAUUCUGCAAUAAAUACUCGCCAAUCUCAACAUACAUUUCAGAAAUCUAUUUCUCAUUGUCUUGCAUCGACAUCAACUCUUACCGAUAAACACUGCCUGGAAAACAAUCUAUUGUCUACACUCAUACCAUGACAUUCUAUUUCACCGCCACGAUCCUCCCUUAUUGCCAGGACAUAUUUAGACUACCUCUUCCGCAUCUUCUUCAUCUACAGCAUUCACGAACCUGCAUCUUCCAACAUCUAAAAAUCCCUCUUCGUCUUAAAUACGCAGCUCUUGAAGGAAGGGGGAGGUCCGACAAGUGAACAAUGACGUAUGACAACACUUCACUCAGUGGUUAUGAAGAAAAAAAUACUCUUUUUCUAAGAAAUUCUUUUGGAUGCCUUACCAAGCUCGGUCCUAACUAAUGACGAAGCAAAAAAAAAGUUUUGGAAAGUAAGCUUUAUCAGUAAGUUAAUAUUCUGUAGAUGUAGAAAAUUAUUUUAAGAUUUUUUUUGGGGUGUUCAGAUAUUACAUUUGUUCAGAAAAGUUUAAACGUUCGCGCACGCCGAUUUGGAAACGCCAAACGAUUUUGAUGAGCACAAUGCUGUAGAGAAAAAGCUAAUUGAAGUAAAUAUAAUUAGCAAUUUUGAGUUCUGGAAUGUUCUAAAUACUAUAUGGGAUUAGCAAAAUGGAACUUAUUAUUACUAGAUUUAAGAGGUAUCUAUAUGGAGUCAAUAAGGACAAGUGCUUCCUUUGAGACUUUUUAGAAAAAUAGCAAUACUGCAAAGUUUACUUUAUAUAUUAUAUAAAUGUCUUAGCUGCAAACUUACUUCAAAAAUUAUAAAAAGGAUAAUAUUGAUUUAGCAGCAAAAUUACUUUUUCAAAUUAGAAAAGAUGAUAAGGAUUUAGCUGCAAGUAUGCUUCAUUAAUUGAACGAAAGAUUAUAAAAAAGAAAAACUAUGCUGUAAAAACUAAUUUCAUCGACAUCUUCAGCUCUUAAUUUAUGACUAAGUUCUAAAAAAAAAAUAUUCUAAUUUGGUCUUUAGCCAAAGUGCAAGACCAGUUGAGAGAAUUGCGUUUAUUGCUAAGAAUGACUAUCGUCUGAAUGUGACUAUUUAAUUUUGUGACUAUUGUACUGACUAAUGCUCAAUUGCAAUAAUGACUGUGAGUUAUCAGUAUGACGUUGCAUCAUCUACCUCAGGUGGUUUCAUCAGGUUGUUGUUUCGAUGGAGGGGGAGUAUUUGGAAACUGGUCUAUCUUGAAAUGUUCUUCUUCACUGCAGCUUAUUUUACUUUAACCAUGAUGUACAGAUUCUUGUUCAACGAAUGGCAAAGAGGCAUCUUCGAGAAAAUGGUAUUCCUAUGUUCAACAUUCAUGGAUCUCAUUCCCUUAAGUUUUGUCCUUGGGUUUUAUGUGUCCUUCAUUGCUACAAGGUGGUGGAAUCAAUAUAUCGCCAUUCCUUGGCCAGAUAAGUUGAUGAACAGUAUCGCAUUGUAUGUUCCAGGAGCUGAUGAAACAAGUCGUGUACUGAGGAGGACACUUAUGAGAUACUUGAAUGUCGCUCUAAUUCUGGUGCUCCGUUCGAUCAGCAUGGCUGUCAAGAGAAGGUUUCCCACAAGAGACCAUUUAGUAGAGGCAGGUUUCCUGACUAAAUUAGAACUAGAAAUGUUGAACUCCGUUCCAUCACAUGAAUUUAACACGUUUUGGAUUCCUUGCACUUGGUUCAUUAAUUUGCUGCGAGAAUCAAAACAAGAAUGCAGAAUUACAGAUUCAAAUGGUCUGAAGUUAAUCAUGGAGGAAUUCAAUGAAUUUCGUUCGAAAUGUGGACUCUUAUGGAGUUAUGAUUGGAUUAGUAUUCCCUUGGUGUAUACGCAAGUUGUCACCUUGGCAACUUAUGCUUUUUUUGGAGCAUGCAUAUUUGGUAGACAGUAUAUAGAAGUGCCUGAUAAGCCUGAUCACAAUUUCGAAUUUUACAUUCCAAUUUUUACAAUUUUUCAACUAUUUUUUUAUAUGGGUCUUCUUAAAGUUGCAGAACAGUUAAUAAACCCUUUUGGUGACGAUGAUGAGGAUUUUGAACUCAACUGGAUAAUUGACAGACACAUGAAAGUCUCAUACUUGGGAGUCGAUUUACUUAAUACAAAUCCUCCGCCCUUGAUCAGAGACAAUUAUUUCUAUCAACAGGAUAUGAAACUGCCUUACACGGAGGCAUCUCUAGGAUACAAGAAGAAAACGUAUAGAGGCUCUGUCGCAACAAUGAAAAUACCACAAGAGAAACAGAACCUCUUAGUUCCAGAAUUUGAUGAAGAUGACGACGAGGAUAAAAUAGCUGCAACCUAUGGCAUGGGCAAUCGAGGAGCCUCUCUGUGGACAUUGGUCGGCGGAAAACUAAACACUAGAUUCAGUGUCUCCAACCAGAACCUAGACACAGUGACACUGGAAAGCGGUAGCAAUAACUGGAAGGUUUCGAACCCAUCACUGUUUGCUCCUUUGGAUGGACUUAUUUCAGAAAAUAAACAGACAGGAUCAUUGCUAGAAAACCAGCUCUUGCAAAUACCGGAAGACACCGUUCCUGAAGAAGAACAAAUACAACCAGGACAGUCACAGCCAAAUUUGGCCAAAUUAAAUCAGCGACGAUCAUCUGAUAUACCAAAAAGAGCCCUCAAAAAUGUUGUGAAAAAAGUAGUCCCAAAAAUGGGCCACAAACCUCAACUGCGCCGAAGAGCCUAUGGUGCACACAACAGAUGGGUAUCCUUCCAUUCCCCCAAAGGAAAAGAGGAGGGCAAUGAAGUGCUGUCCCUAUAUCGUGGUGCAGGGGAACCGGAACCCCCUGAGCAUUUACGAACUACUUCAGAUAUUAGACGAUUGUCAUUUGGUGACCUAAAUGCAUCAGAAUUCGACAACACUUCAAGCCGAUUUCAAAGCUUACCAGAUGUGAAACAGUAUGCAGUUGAAAGAGGGGUUGCUAUUGAUGAUGAUUUAGAGAAUGAUUAUCUACCAGAAGAUCAAGAUAAUCUGAGCACAGCGAAUUUGCUUGUGCUACCCGAUGGAGAUUACGAUGGCGAAAGCGAUUUGGUAAUAAGACCAAGAUUGACUUUCACAAGAGCAUCGAUCUCAAGGCAAUCCAGUUUAGACUCCCUUACUGACCAAGUAGAAAGGAAAUUAAGCACUCAGUCUGUAUUUGAACAAGAUGAAACAGAAGAUAAAAGCAAAACAGAAAGAUAGAAUCUAAUAUAACCAACUAAUUAAACUCAUAUUUGAUCAUCAGUCUAAACAAGGGAAUUCGUUUCAUGAAAAUUUAUUUUCAUACAAUUCCGUGGCUUGGCAACAAUGGAGAAAAUCAUAGUAUUUUACCAAACUUUUCUCAGUUGCCUAGAAACUUAGAAGAAAGUGAUGAAAUUUUCCCUGAAUGUGAUGUGUCUCCUCUGAAUAUCGCAGAAAGAGUUCCUUUGUAAGAUGAUCAUGUUACAUUUGUACAAAAACCAUUAGCAAUUCAUAUCCAGAUUAAAUGAAAGAUCUGUUAUGACUGAGACUAUAAUUAGUAAUAAGUAUGACUAAACUUUAUAUUGUAUAAGAGUAUUAAAGAUAAUAUUUAAAAAUA